UCCCUCCCACCAUCUCCUCUUCAUCAAUCAAUUCCCCAAAUCCAUCCCCAUUUCCGCCGUUGCCGCCGCCGCCGCCUUCCUCGAACCUUCGUCGCCCGCUGCCGCUCCCCGGUCCUCGCCCCCCUGCCGUGACCCUACUCUACAAAGCCAGCCAGCCAGCUAAACCCUCCUCGUCCUCAUCCACUUCCCCGGCUCCUGCUCCCGACUCUCGCCGCCGCCGCCGCCAUGGGCUCCUCCUACUACGACCCAUCCCCGUCGCCGGGCGCCGACGAGCUCUUCCUCUACCUCUCCGACCUCGGCCCCACCUCGCCCUCCGCCUACCUCGACCUCCCGCCCACCUCGCCAUCCGCCUACCUCGACCUCCCGCCCACACCGCAGGGGAACACCACGGGCCCCAAGCAGGACAUGCUGCUCCCCUACAUCUCCAGCAUGCUCAUGGAGGACGACAUCGACGACACCUUCUUCUACGACUACCCGGACAACCCGGCUCUCCUCCAGGCGCAGCAGUCCUUCCUCGACAUCCUCUCCGACGACGCCUCCUCCCCGACCACCACCACCACCACCCACAGCGGCGCCAGCGCCAGCGUCAACCACAACUGCUCCUCCUGCUCCUCCGACGCCUUCGACGCAUCCGCCAGCGCGCCGCUCACCCCAGCCGCGGUCGACUCCUACGUCUCCGCACCGGCCCCCGCCACGCACUUCGACGGCUUCGACCUCGACCCCGCGGCCUUCUUCAGCAACGGGGCCAACUCCGACCUCAUGAGCUCCGCUUUCCUUAAGGGCAUGGAGGAGGCCAACAAGUUCCUGCCCACCCAGGAUAAGCUCGUCAUCGACCUCGACCCGCCCGACGACCCCAAGAGGUUCGUCCUCCCCACCCCCACCCCGGCCCCCGCAGCGGACAAGCUCGCGCCCGGAUUCAACGCGGCCACCGUCCCUGCGGCCGUGGCCGUGAAGGAGGAGGUGAUCUUCGCGGCGCCUGAUGCCGCGCCUGGCAGCGGCGCCGUCUUGGGCCGCGGUCGGAGGAAUCGCUUCGACGACGACGACGACCCGGAGCUGCAGCACCGGAGCAGCAAGCAGAGCGCGCUGCAGGGGGACGGCGACGAGCGGGACGUCUUCGAGAAGUACAUCCUCACCUCCCCCGAGAUGUGCACGGAGCAGAUGCAGAAGCUGCGGAUCGCCAUGCAGGAGGAGGCCGCCAAGCAGGAGAAAGCGGCGGCGGCCGCUGGGAACGGCAAGGCCAAGGGCCGGCGCGGUGGGAGGGAUGUGGUGGACCUGCGCACGCUGCUUGUCCACUGUGCGCAGGCCGUCGCCUCUGACGACCGCCGCAGCGCCACCGAGCUGCUCAGGCAGAUCAAGCAGCACGCCAGCCCGCAGGGGGACGCCACGCAGCGCCUCGCCCACUGCUUCGCCGAGGGACUCCAGGCCCGCCUUGCUGGCACUGGCAGCAUGGUGUACCAGUCGCUCAUGGCCAAGCGCACGUCCGCAGCUGACAUACUCCAGGCGUACCAGCUGUACAUGGCUGCCAUCUGCUUCAAGAAGGUCGUCUUUGUGUUCUCGAAUCACACCAUCUACAAUGCCGCGCUGGGCAAGAAGAAGAUACAUAUUGUCGAGUAUGGGAUACAGUACGGCUUCCAGUGGCCGUGCUUCCUGCGGUGGAUAGCGGAUAGGGAGGGUGGGCCACCGGAGGUGAGGAUUACUGGCAUUGACCUGCCCCAGCCUGGAUUCCGCCCUACUCAGCGCAUCGAGGAGACAGGGCGACGUCUCAGCAAGUAUGCCCAGCAGUUUGGUGUGCCAUUCAAGUACCAGGCGAUUGCAGCAUCCAAGAUGGAGUCCAUCCGUGCGGAGGAUCUGAACCUCGAUCCAGAGGAGGUGCUCAUCGUGAACUGCCUAUAUCAGUUUAAGAACUUGAUGGAUGAGAGUGUUGUGAUUGAAAGCCCAAGGGACAUUGUGCUCAACAACAUCAGAAAGAUGCGGCCUCAUACAUUCAUACAUGCAAUUGUGAACGGUUCCUUCAGUGCGCCCUUCUUUGUGACGAGGUUCCGGGAGGCUCUGUUCUUUUACUCGGCACUGUUUGAUGCUCUGGAUGCAACCACCCCAAGAGACAGCAACCAGAGGAUGCUGAUUGAGGAGAACCUCUUCGGGAGGGCUGCCCUGAAUGUCAUUGCGUGUGAGGGUACAGAUCGGGUGGAACGCCCUGAGACGUACAAGCAAUGGCAGGUGCGGAAUCAACGAGCAGGCUUGAAGCAGCAGCCGCUGAACCCUGAUGUCGUGCAGAUAGUGCGGAACAAGGUCAAAGAUUGCUACCACAAGGACUUUGUGAUCGAUGUUGAUCACCACUGGCUCUUGCAGGGGUGGAAAGGCCGCAUCCUCUAUGCCAUCUCGACAUGGGUGGCAAAUGAUGCUCCCUCUUACUUUUAGCUGUUCUUUUGACUCACUUGUCUACAAAUUUAGGUUUAGGUAUGUCAUCUAGAUAUAUCUAGUGACAAGUGUGUUCUGUAUGGCCCAGUUAGUAGCCAUGGUUCAGUGGUUACUUGGACUCGAGGUAUGCGAUAUGCCUAGUGCCCUAUUGAGAAUUCAACAUGCACCUGUUCUUUCCAAGGGUAGAUUCAGCUUCUGAGGAACAUGGGUGACACAAGAUAUGGAGGAUCAGAAGGCAGAAGGCAUUCCGAAAUCAGUCCUUUGAUGUAAUGUGAAUUAGAUGCUUAUUAUCACUCAGCCAUGUUGGUGCACAGUGCUGAAUAUGAUCUAGCUCUAGGUCCUGGUCUGGAUAAUGUUCUCCGUAGCAUCUGCUGUGCGUGUGCCCUGUGAUCAAUCCAGUCAGUUGAUCAGGCUGUAAUUGACACUUGCUCUGUUUCUGGUGCUUACUGCACUGUUUCAGACAAACAUGGUUAUUAUGAAGUGAUGAUGCCUGGGUUUUAUCUGUCUACUUUAUUGCACAUGGGAACUCUUUCCACAA